AUGACGCUCCUCCGUCAAGCCCUCCUCACAGCCCUCUUGCUCCGCUUCACCGCCAGAGAGGCCUCCGCCUCCCCCAGCGGCGGAGGGCGCUUCGACCCCUCCCGCGUCGUCCGUGUCUCGUGGCGCCCCAGGGCAUUCCUGCACAAGGGAUUCCUGUCGGAGGCGGAGUGCGAUCAUCUCAUCGCGCUAGCUAAGGCAGGUAGGCUGGAGAAGUCCAUGGUGGUGGACCGCGAGUCAGGGAAGAGUGUGCUGAGCGAGGUGAGAACCAGCUCCGGCAUGUUCCUUGCCAAGAAGCAGGAUGAAGUUGUUGCAAGAAUAGAGGAGCGGAUUGCUGCUUGGACCUUCCUUCCACCAGAAAACGGCGAAUCCAUUCAAAUACUUCGCUAUAAGAAUGGUGAGAAGUACGAGCCACAUUUUGAUUACAUUCGUGGUAAACGUCAUCAAACCCCUGUGGGGCACCGAGUUUCCACUGUGCUGAUGUACCUGUCCAAUGCCAAGAUGGGUGGGGAGACUGUCUUCCCAAGUUCAGAGAACAAGCUGCCACAGCCAAAAGACAAUACAUGGUCCGAGUGUGCAAAAUUGGGGUAUGCAGUGAAACCGGUGAAAGGCGACGCAUUGCUGUUCUUCAGCCUCCACCCCAACGCAACAAUGGACCCUGAUAGCCUGCACGGGAGCUGCCCUGUCAUAGAAGGCGAGAAGUGGUCGGCGACGAAAUGGAUCCACGUGAGAUCCUUCGACGCCCGGCGGAAGCGCCAAGGACUGUCUGUUGGAUGCAAGGAUGAGGAUGCUCUCUGCCCCAAGUGGGCUGCUGUCGGCGAGUGUGCGAAGAACCGCGGUUACAUGGCGGGUUUCUGCCGGAAGAGCUGUGAUGCACGCACAAUGUAG